GUCCAAAGCAAACAACAUCCACCACGAUGAAGUAUAGCGGGCUCUACUACGUGAACAACCCCUCGGCGAGCCUCGACGAUGCCCUCAAAAUCGUGAACACGCUCGUACAGGGCAUUGAGACGAGCUUCCCCGCAGCGACGCGUCAGAGCCCAUGGUCGCUUUCAUACCGAGCCUUUCGCGACACGAUAGCCCCAAACUUUGCCGCAGCAGACGCAGAGGGCAAGCCAAAGCCAUAUCUGCAUUCUUACCAACACAUACUCCACCACUCCAGCCUCGCUACGAACCGCGCAUAUAUCUACGUGCAGCCAGCAGAAGGUAGUGGUGUCGUCACGGCUAUACCAUCGCAACAGCAAGAUGCGCAUGCGUCAUUGUUGAGACACCAGCAUGCUGCCCUCUGGACUCAGCGUCACGUUCUGGCUGUGCAACAGGGCACCACAUACGCAGGCGGCCUGUUCACUGUCCAGAUUGGCGAGCUUCGUGCGUCUCGCGAGGGACCCCAAUCCGGUGGUGUACAGUCGCCAGGCAUCGUAGUCUGUAUCAGCACCGCCAUUGGCAGCAGUGACGAUGACGAUGAGCACAACUUGGACUACGCCCCAUCUAAGAACGACCCUGCACCAGACGACGGACCGGUUGACAUUGAAGGCACACAGAGCAUAAUCCGCGAUUUCUGGGCUAGGAUCAUCGACGGCCGCGACCUGGGCAGAUCCGAGGCCAGGGAAGUCAUGAUGACGCCUGAGAGCGUCAAGGGCAUGGACGAGAAAGACGCAAUGGUGCGCAUGUGGUGUGAGGUUCUGCGAUUGAGAGGGGACGCGGGCCUACCAGUUGCACUCUACCAAAACGUUCCUCCGAUCGAUGACUUGGCCAAUGCCGCAAUGGACAACACAACUGACCUGGCCGCUCUCACGGACGCCUUGAUGGAUUCCAUCAAUAGGUGGACCGACACAACAACUGGCCUGCCCGCUUCUGCGUAUAGCAUAUUGGACCAGAUUCUUUACAACACUACUCGUGCAUCGGCCGUACGGUCCUCUGCCGCUCCCUCUGCCGCUCCCAACCGGGUUGACGACUCCCCCGGCCAGGCUGAGCGUUCCUCUCAUCCGCCUCGCCCUACUCAACCGUGA